CGCUCCCGCCAGCCCGCCGCCACCCCGGGCGCCGUCGUCACGGCCGCCUGUUGUCGCCCCCGGAGCAGCUGCUCGCCCUUCGCCAGCAGCGAUCAGUACCGACCCCGGCCCUGAAGCCCGCCCUGCCUCCCGUCGCUGCUGCCCGCAGACGCUUCGUUGGCGGCUCCUCGGAGAGGAAGGCAGGGCGUUCUCGCCCACCGUGGGGACUGCAGGGGUGGGCUCCACCGUUCAGCACCCCACUGCCGCAGCAGGCCCUGACCCUGCACCCCCUUGCGUGCCCAGUGCCCCAGGGCUAACCCUGCGGGCCCCCAGCUCGGAAGGCAGGGCGCUUUCCAAGACUCGGAUCCACAGAUCCUAGACGGGAUCAGCCCGAAAACGGGGGGCUGGUGCCCAAGUCCCCAGAGGCCAGCCAGAGUGCCCUGGGGUUCUCAUCUCCUCCCCUAGGUUUUCAGAUCCCCAGAGCUCUGUGGGUCGGCUCUCCACCCCGCCACCCCGCACUACCCGCCCGCCCUCUUCCCCAACCCCGUCCCCUCCCAGAAACCCCAAGUUCCCCCAGCACCCUGUUGUUCACAAGACUUCCCGCUUGAGUGACCAGCCAGGCUGUCACAAGGCAACCGGGUCGUUUCCUCUUUUGAGGUCUGGCCCUGUGCCAGGGUCACGUUUUCUGAUUAACUUUGUGGUCUCUGGCCAGGCCCUUCAGCUAAUUGCAACGUGCACACUCCUCUGAGGGAGCCCCCGUCACCUCCUCCUCGCCCGGGGACACUGGGGGAGAGUCUGCACGGGGACCCACCUCUUUGUGCAGUGUCUGCUGAGCCCAGCACUGCCCAGGCCGCCGGCCCGAGCACCCUGCCCACCAGGGCAUCGUGCCUGCCUGCUCAGUGCUCACCCGGUUCCAUACCUGACUGUCGGCGUUCCCACUCGGGCAUCAUGCCUGCUGCCGCUUUUGCCCACCUGGCCCAUCUGGCCAUCAUGCCCUCCCGGGUAGCACGACUGGGCGCCACUGGCCCCGGCCACUGCGGCAGUCCCCAGGUCCCCCUUCCCACACGUGGCUCCUGAGCCCAGCCCACCAUGCCCUCUGCGUCUCCCACCUUCCUCAGCCGACGACGGAGGCUUUGAGAGCGGCGCCUACAACAACAGCGCCAUCGCCACCCCUCACCUGGACGCGUUGGCCCGCCGCAGCCUGACCUUCCGCAAUGCCUUCACCUCUGUCAGCAGCUGCUCUCCCAGCCGCGCCAGCCUCCUCACGGGACUGCCACAGCAUCAGAACGGGAUGUACGGCCUGCACCAGGAUGUCCACCACUACAACUCCUUCGACCGCGUGCAGAGCCUGCCACUGCUGCUCGGCCGAGCAGGCGUUCGCACAGGUGGGGCGGAACAUCACGAGAAUUAAGCUGCUUGUCCGCAAGUUCCUGCAGACUCAGGAUGACAGGCCUUUCUUUCUCUACGUCGCCUUCCAUGACCCCCACCGCUGCGGACACUCCCAGCCCCAGUACGGGACCUUCUGUGAGAAGUUUGGCAACGGGGACAGCGGCAUGGGGCGGAUCCCAGACUGGACCCCCCAGACCUAUGACCCACAGGAUGUGCUGGUGCCUUACUUCGUCCCUGACACUCCAGCAGCCCGAGCCGACCUGGCUGCUCAGUACACCACCAUCGGCCGGAUGGACCAAGGGAUUGGCCUCGUGCUCCAGGAGCUGCGUGGGGCAGGCGUCCUGAACGACACCCUCGUGAUCUUCACUUCGGACAAUGGGAUCCCCUUCCCCAGCGGCAGGACCAACCUGUACUGGCCGGGCACUGCUGAGCCCUUGCUGGUGUCGUCCCCAGAGCACCCGCAGCGCUGGGGCCAGGUCAGCGAGGCCUACGUGAGCCUCCUAGAUCUCACGCCCACCAUCUUGGAUUGGCUCUCCAUCCCCUACCCCCACUACGCCAUCUUUGGCUCGAAGACCGUCCAGCUCACGGGCCGGUCCCUCCUGCCAGCGCUGGAGGCGGAGCCGCUGUGGACCACCGUCUUUGGCAGCCAGAGCCACCACGAGGUCACCAUGGCCUACCCCAUGCGCUCCGUGCACCACCGGCACCUCCGCUUGGUGCACAACCUCCACUUUAAGAUGCCGUUCCCCAUCGACCAGGACUUCUACGUCUCGCCCACUUUCCAGGACCUGCUGAACCGCACCACGGCCGGCCAGCCCACGGGCUGGUACAAGGACCUCCACCACUACUACUACCGGGAGCGCUGGGAGCUCUACGACCGGAGCCGGGACCCCCACGAGACCCAGAACCUGGCUGCCGACCCACGCUACGCCCAGGUUCUGGACAUGCUCCGGACCCAGCUGGCCAAGUGGCAGUGGGAGACCCAUGACCCCUGGGUGUGUGCUCCCGAUGGGGUCCUGGAGGAGAAGCUCUGGCCCCAGUGCCGGCCGCUCCACAACGAGCUGUGAGGCCCGGGGCAGUGACCACAGCCCCUCCUCUGAGUCCCAUAUGCGGGCUCUCCCUGAUGCUGGUGCCCUGCCUGCCUCUGCCUCUGUACAGGGCUGUGUCCCAGCCUCCCAACCCAUGGUAGGGGACACUGCUGUCCUGUGUGCCAACACAGGAAUUCCAGGGGGACCUUGGGACACGGUGGGAUCCCCAGCCCAUGACAGGUAAGGGUGGUCUAGGCAAGGGGGGGGGUCUUGUUUCCUGGGUUGGGUUGGGGGCCUGCAAAUAGAAAGGCUGGGACCCGGGACUUGAGACCCUCUUCAUUCUUUGGAACUCACAGAUGUCCCCAUGCCCGCCCCCGAGAGGAGACGGGCCUCCAGGUGCCACGUGGGUGGUGGGUGGGAACACAGCAUCUGGCUUUGGUUAACCUCUGGUCUGGAGGAAACCUUGGAACAGCCCACGGUCAAGUUCCCGACCCCAGGCAGGGUUCCACUAGGCCACCGAUUGCAGGCAGGCUCAGGUAACAAGUUUGAUCCCCGUGUGUUGGGCACAACGCAUGCUUUCUGAACAUCUAAGGAUGAAGCGCCCCCAACCUCAGGCUGCGCUUGUUCUGUUUGGAGGAACAGACCCCCCCCCUCCUUCGCCUGCCACUGGGCAGAAGCUCUGUCUGGGAAAACCCAGUAAGGGGACCUGCUCCCUCUAGUGGGUGGGCUCCCCCCGUCACCCUCCCCCACCAACUCCAUCCUGGGGGCAUGCGGAGAGCCACAGGCCGGAACACUGUAAAAGCUGCUUAUUUUAGUAAAAUGGACCAAAGUCUAUUUCUGAA